UUCUAGGCCUUUCGGUUUGCACCGGCGGCUGCUGCGGGGAGGGUGGGAGCUCUCGCAGACGCUCACGAUGGAAGAAUUGGAACAAGGCUUGUUGAUGCAACCAUGGGCAUGGCUACAGCUUGCUGAGAACUCCCUCUUGGCCAAGGCUUAUAUCACCAAACACGGCUAUGCCUUGCUGGUUUCUGAUCUUCAGCAAAUGUGGCACGAACAGGUGGACACUAGUGUGGUAAGCCAGCGAGCCAAGGAGCUGAACAAGCGCCUAACUGCGCCUCCUGAAGCUUUUCUCUGUCAUUUGGAUGAUCUGCUUCGCCCGUUGUUGAAGGACACUGCUCGCCCUAGUGAAGCUACCUUCUCCUGUGAUCGUGUAGCAGAGGCAUUGAUACUACGAGUACGAAGUGAGCUCUCUGGUCUCCCCUUCUAUUGGAAUUUUCACUGCAUCCUAGCUAGUCCUUCCCUGGUCUCUCAACACUUGAUUCGUCCUUUGAUGGGCAUGAGUCUGGCAUUGCAGUGCCAAGUGAGGGAACUAGCAACAUUGCUUUAUAUGAAAGACGCGGAGAUCCAGGACUACCACGAGAGUGGGGCUACGCUGAGCCGAGAUCGAUUAAAGACAGAACCAUUUGAAGAAAAUUCCUUCUUGGAGCAAUUUAUGGUAGAGAAACUACCAGAGGCAUGCAGUAUUGGUAAUGGAAGGCCCUUUGUCAUGAAUCUGCAGAGUCUGUAUGUGGCAGUCACCAAACAAGAGGUCCAAGUGGGACAGAAGCAUCAAGGCACUGAUUCUCAGACCUCGAGCAGUGCCUCCCUGCAAGGAACUGAUAGCCACCUUCUGAACCAGCCAGAAGAGCCAGUCUCAUCAGCACCUUCCCUCUCAGUGCCUGAGAUAGAGCCCACAAGUACUUCAGGCUCUAUGCCAAGGCCUCAGCUAUCAAAGGUCAAGAGAAAGAAGCCAAGGGGCCUCUUCAGUUAACCUGUCACUGUCUCACUUCUGAGGAUGGGCAUGGAGAAUAACUUCCUGAUGUCACUUCGGAAGGAGCUCGCAUGGCAGUGGUAUCUCUGCAACAGAGUUAUAGUCAGGGCUCCCACUGU